GGUUUAAACUGUGUUGCUGCAAAAUAAGGACCACCCUUUUUGUCAGUUGGUUUGUCCCGAACGAGUUGACGACAUUAAUUUGAAGGCAGGAAGUGAAGGGCGGUGGUUAAGACAAAACGCUUUUAACACCAACUUUCGUCUUAUCGGAGGUAUAAAUCCAUCAAAAUGUCGAGCAAAAGGGCAAAGGGAAAAACCACCAAGAAGCGCCCCCAGCGCGCCACCUCCAAUGUUUUCGCCAUGUUUGACCAGUCCCAAAUCCAGGAGUUCAAAGAGGCCUUCAACAUGAUUGACCAAAACCGUGAUGGUUUUGUUGACAAGGAAGACCUCCACGACAUGCUAGCCUCGCUGGGGAAGGAUCCAACUGACGAGUACUUGGAGGCCAUGAUGAAUGAAGCUCCUGGGCCCAUCAACUUCACCAUGUUCCUCACCAUGUUUGGAGAAAAGCUCAACGGCACAGACCCUGAAGACGUGAUCAGAAAUGCUUUUGCUUGCUUUGACGAAGAGGGGACAGGUUUCAUUCCUGAUGAUUACCUGAGGGAGUUGCUGACAACCAUGGGUGACCGCUUCACAGACGACGAGGUGGAUGAGCUCUUCAGGGAGGCCCCCAUCGACAAGAAGAAUAACUUCAACUAUGUGGAGUUCACACGCAUCCUUAAACACGGUGCCAAGGAUAAGGACGAUUGAGGAUGGUUUUCCAUCUAUGUCAGAGCGCUGUACUGCCAAUCUCAACCUGUAAUAAACAUUUUUGUAAAGCAGACCAAAGCAAUUACUCUGCUGUAUUGUUCCUACUUUGCCAAAAUGUAUACAACUCCUUCCAAUAAGACUAAAGAUGUGUUUGUCACCCGAGCCAAUGGGAUAUGACUUUGCAAUUUGUGUGACUGGUUUAGGUGAACUGCUGCAUUUUAUAAUAUAAACUUUUUAAAUAAAGCCCUUUAUAAUAUUAUAA